AUGAAAACCGCACAUUUGUUCCAAGCUGCUAACUUGGCUCCAUCGUCCGAGCGUGAAGCAUCCUUGCUUCGUCUUGCUCGCCAGCAGCUAGAGUCUGAUACUUUACAGGUCGACAAUCUCGCUGCCGAGUUAUUUGCUAUCACGUUAACCGACAACGACGUCAAUCCAGACAGUCACAGCAAACUCUGGAAUUCCUGUGCAGAAGUUCAGCAGGAGAAGGGACAAGCCUAUCAUUCUCUGGAUGGUACAGCUACAUUCACGGUAGAUGACACGCAACACAUUGCCCAAGCUCUUCAGGCUGCUGAGAAGCGACGCUGCUCAAAGGCUCAAGAAGCUUUGGAUAUUGUAGAGUCACGGAUGGAUAGGGCUCACAGCCGAAUUUUCUCUGUGACUUCCCGUGACGUUAUGCAGACCAUCCGAGAUGAACUGGCUGUGAUCACGACAGCCCUAAGAAUCAUCAAGCACAAGGUCUCGUGCAUCGUUUCUCGUAGAAGUCAGCUAGAGGGGUCGUGUAAUGACAUGCACAGACUCCUCUGUGACAAGGAAGACGUGCUUUCUGUGUCAUCCAAGCCGAUUGAAUUUGAUUCGUCACACCAUUUUGACUUGCCAAUCAACCUCUGUGACAAAGUUGCCCAGAUAUCCCUCUUUCUAGGGGCUGUAUCUGUCGUCAUUUUUGGCAUUAGUCGCAGACAUGGGGAGUUCUUCAUGGGAGUCCUUGCCCUCAUUUUAGGCCUUGCUAUGGAGGCUCAGAACCCUCAUUCUGAGUCCCGCCGUCAAAACACACACUCUCAAAUCCCACGCUCUAUGGAAACCGCCCUAUCGUGCUUCAAGCUCGACGGCCAGACUACAGCUUACGCGGUCUGUCCGGCAUGCAACUGUACUUAUAGACCGACCACCAGCUUCAACUCAAGUCACGCCCGAUAUCCCACGAAGUGCUUCAACUGUCCGAUACCAGAGGAUGGUCCUUGUGAUAAACCGCUGUUGCAGCCCUCUGCUGAUGGAAAAUUAGAACCAAUCAAAAUAUUCCUUUAUCACCACUUCCACGACUACCUCGCUGGAUUGCUGUCUCGUCCCGACCUUGAAGUGUUGAUGGAUAGGCCUUGCAAUGAUUUGCUGGUGUCUAUUGGCAGCCCACCUCAUAUUAUCAAGGAUGUUUGGGAUGCCAACUUCUUUUGCACUUUCAAAGGUCCUUCCGGGCAAUCCCUAUUUAUCGAUAGAGGCACUGAGGGUCGAUAUGCUUUCACGCUCAACAUUGAAGGCAAUCUCCAAUGA